GGAGUCCUCGUGUAUCCAUUGCAACUGCACUGGGCUGUCGAGUGGUAUUUGCCUUCAUACUUGACCAUGCGCUCUUCCUUCCGUUUGCCUCUUGCGACGUACAGUAAUCGCAGCACACGACCUGUCCCCAGAUGAGCCCCUGUGAUGGUGCGUCACGAGCGCGAUGCAUGCCAAGUUGCCAACUGAAUCCGACGACCACCCUCGUCUCCAUCCCACACGACCAUGGCCGCCGUAUUCCAGGGUGUCUUCGACUCGCUGCCUGUCCCACCACGACUACUCACAGUGUUCUGCGGAGUGUACGCGGCGUACCAGACCCGGCGGCUGCUCGACUUCGUGUGGUUCUACUGUCUCCGCCCAUCCAGCGUACACCGCUACAUCCACGGUCCUGCACCGUACGCACUUGUGACUGGGGCAUCUGACGGCAUUGGGAAAGGCGUGGCGCGCGAGUUGUACGAACAUGGCUUCAACCUCGUACUGCACGGUCGUAAUGAGGAGAAGCUCCGCAAGGUCGCGGACGAGAUUCGCGCGCGGGGCAACCGCGACGUCCGCUACUUCAUCGCGGACGCGUCUGACCCGAGCCACGACUUUGCGAAGCUCGUAGGGCCGUUCGCCGACCUCAACAUCACGGUCGUCAUACACAAUGUCGGUGGUUCAGGGAUCGCCGAGGACGGCAUCGACAGCUUCACCGACGCCAGCCUAGCCGGCAUCGUCCACCAAAAUGCCAUGUUCCCUCUCCUCCUCACGCGCGCGCUCCUCCCCUCCCUGCGCACCUCCGCCAAGCGCGGGCCCGUCAUCGUUCAAUUCGUCGGCUCCGUCACCGCGGACAUCACGCCCCCGCGGCUCGUCGCCUACGCCGCCUCGAAGGCGUUCCUCCGCGCGCUCGCGCGCGGCCUCGACAAUGACGAGCAGCUCUGGGACGCCGCAUCCGGCGUGCGCUUCGCGUGCAUCACCGUCGGCGAGGUGCAGUCGAACAGCCACAAGGCCGCCGCGUCGCUUGUGUGCCCCACCGCGGACCGCUUCGCGCAGGCGGUUGUCGCGAAGAUAGGGUGCGGGCGGAGACAGUACGCGCCGUGGAUGCCGCAUGCGAUGCUCAAUUGGGUGACGGGGCUCCUCCCUGAGCAUAUGCUUGACAAGACAGUCGCAGAUGCUAUGCAUACGACGGCCGCGAGGGCGAAGCAAGCUUGAUCUCAGGGACAGACGAGUGGACCAG